AUUUCCGCGUCCAGUGUGCAGGAGCCUUUACUGAUUAGUGCUUUAUCAUUGUGCAUGCGUGAAAAAUCGGCUCAACCCACUAGAUAUCCUCUUCCUAGUUCCUUUCGUGGGGCUUUCCAUCUUCCGACAAUCCGACCUUUCCGUCUCAAAAUUUCUAAAGAAGCAGACGGAGCAGACCGAGCAGACGGAGGCGACGGAGCUCACGGAACAGUUCAGUUGAGUCAGUACUCAAUUUGUUUUUGGCAAACGUAAAAUAAAGGUACUUGAAAUAAAAUUUUGAAAGAGGAAAGAAAUUUUUGAAUAAUUAUAUUCAAUGUAUCGUUAAUCGCAUAGACGAGAAAUCGUCAGAAAGUUCAUCGUGAUGAUAUAUUGCUGCAACAAACGCAUUACGUCAAAUACUGUAUUCCUAAGAAACGAUUCUUAAUAGUUACAAUUGUGAUAACAGCUUCAUUAGGAUAGUAUAAGGUGCAAUACGCUGUCUUAACACAUUAUUCAUUUAAAUAAAAGAAAUAGAAAAGGAAGUCAAAAUGAUAACAGAUUUGUCGAUUGUGCCACUUAUCGCAACCACUGUUGCAAGUAGACAAGUUAUUGCAACUAUGCUGAACCCCAUGAAAGUUUUACCAAGUGACAUUGGUUUGCCAAGGGACUGGAGAGGUUUGGCACAUCUAUUAGAGUUUAGCUCAGAAGACGUGUCACUUCUAGUGUCACAUUCUGAUCCAACAAUGCAAAUGUUGACAAUGUUGGAGAAAAAUCAAAAAGACGUUACAAUAAAAAAUUUUCAAGCAAUGAUGGAACAAAUGGACAGAUGGGACAUUAUUGAUGACACUGAAGCUUUAUUUCAAACUGAUGCUGAAAAAUAUUUGGAGGGUCAGCAAAGAGCUCAAAUAUCAGCAGAACCAAUAGACAAAUGUGCCGAUCAAGAAAUACUUACAUCAGAUGAUAUUCACAGAUUAAAGCAAGGUUUAGAAACACAAUAUUACGAUGCAUUCCUUCUGUAUGCGGAUGAGGAUGUCGACUUUGCGAAUGAGAUGGUGGAAAAGCUUGAGACACAAUUCAAGCUGAAGUUGUGUUUGAAAGAUCGAGAUUUGGUCGCUGGUAAAUUCGAACAUGAAGCAGUAAUGAAGUUAAUAUCUGAACGUUGUAAUAGAUUACUUAUUAUAGUAUCACCAAGUUUUUUGAAAAGCUCGGCAAACAAAUUUUUCUUAAAUUAUACACAAGCCUUAAGUAUUGAAAAACAACAGAGAAAAAUUAUACCGUGUAUAUACAAAAGCUGCGAAUUGCCAAUUCAACUGAGAUAUAUAUGUAAUUUGGAUUAUAAUCGGAAAGGAUUAUAUGACUUUUGGGGUAAAUUACGUGAUUCUAUACAAACUCCGAAUUCUAUUGCUACAAGUUUGAUUCAAAUAGAAAACAAUAUAACACAAGAGACAACAGAAGUAAAGAAAAUUUUGUCUGACAAGUACAAUGAUAUACCUCACAUUACUCAAGAAAUAAAUGAAGAGUUAAAAUACCCACAACAGAAGAGUAAAAAUUGCAAAAGUGAAAGUAUUGCAGAAACAAGUGAUAUAAAAAAUUUAAAUAUUAGUAAUAAAAAGAAUAAGACAUGGGAAAAAAUCACUUCAAAUUGGAAGUUGAAGCAAACUAAGCAAAGUGAUGAGUUAACUACAGAGACAAUUGUUCAGAAUUUGCCAUCAGUAGAUAAUUUAGACAGUUUAGAUUUAUCAAAUACUCAUGUAAAUAGGACCAAGAAGAAAAAUUUAUUUGGCAAGUUUAAGAAGAAAAAAAUUGCUAUAAAAACUUGACAAUCUUUGUUUAUAUAAAGG